AUGCGCUUAAGUACAAAUAUUUCUUCUGAAAAUGAAUUUUUCACAGAUUUAAAUGGUCUUAAUAUGAUCAAGCGUCAAAGGUUUUCAAAGUUGCCCACACAGGCUAAUUAUUAUCCAUUACCAGUUGUUGGUUAUAUUCAAGAUAAACAAAUGAGAUUAACAGUCGUUACAGGACAACCAUUAGGUGCAGCCUCGAUGCCUUCUGGGCAAUUUGAAAUUAUGCAAGACCGUCGAUUAAUCCAAGAAGAUCAUCGCGGUCUUGGCCAAGGAGUGACUGAUAAUUUAUUGACAAACCAUCUAUUCAUGUUCGUAUUAGAGAAGAAAAAGCCAUCGUGUUCUAGUUCUUCAGUAAAUCAUCCCGCCGGAGCACUAUCUGUUGGUGGAUUACUAGCAACAGAGGAAGUUCUGCAUCCUCUUAUUGCAAUGCAUCCGAAUCCAUCAUCUUUUGAUUCUGAUUAUAAUUAUAAAGACCACUUCACAUCGCUGAGUUGCGAUCUUCCAAUAGAUUUAACUGUGGCCAAUCUUCGUGUCUUCUCAAUACCCGAAAGUUAUAGUAGAGGUAUCGGUAUAAUAUUACAUCGUCAACCUAUAGACACUUGCUAUAAUGAAAAAUGGAUCAAUCGCUUUAAGCUUUCAAAUCAUGGCAAAGUGAAUAUAAAAAAAUUAUUUAAAUUUUUCCAGGACUGGAUGGUAAAUGAAUCUUCAUUAACUUUUAAUAGCAUCGGAGUUUCACUAACUUCCCCAACUGUUAAUUUAUGCCCUCAUGAACUUUCAGCUUUUAUAAUGCGUAGUUCUAGAGAUAUGAAUAAAAUUGUAAAUAUUGUGUAA